AGAAAUGCAGCUUUGAUAGUUUGUAUCAGUUAUUGAUUGAUGAUCAGUUCUCAGCUGAGUCAACAAAUCUUCACUUCCUGUUGAAGAAGUUGAUCAAAGAAAAUGUUAAAUUUGACGUCCAGAAAUGUGAAAGUGACAAAGAGAAGCAACAACUAGCAGUUGAACACUGAGAUGAGACAUUACUGUGAAGACCACAGGGACAAAACAUCACAACACCAUCAGGACUCUGAUCAUGUCCAACACCUGGAAAACCCGGUUUUACUUCCUGUGGUUCUGUCCCCUGUUACCUGCUGGUCUCACCUGGUUCUGUCCUUCAGCUUUCUCUGCUACUCUGUAAUCAGUCAAUAAAGUUAUUCAAAACUGCUGCUGCUGUCUGAACAGCUGAUGUUGUGCUUUGUUUCCUCUCAGACUGUCAGAUGGAGGUGGAGGAGGGGGCGGAGUCUGUCCAGCUACCAUUCAGAACUACACCUGACCUGCCUGAGGACGCUUCAGUGAAGUGGUCCUGCUCAAUCAGGACAGUCCACAUGUAUGAGAACAGAUCUGACCAGCCUGGACAACAGCACCAGGAUUACAAAGACCAAACAGAGAUGAAGAAAGACCUGCUGAAGACUGGAGACCUCAGUCUGACCCUGAAACACCCCAAAGAGACAGACACAGGAGAAUACUGGUGUACAGUCUACACCAAGGAUGGAGACACCCUGAGAGUGAAAAGAGUGGAGCUCAAAGUCAAAGGGAACAUCAGGAACAGAAGCAGCUCCACUGAUCCGACUCCUCUGAUGGCUGAUCAGUUUGUUUGAUAAGUCUCUUGGUCAAUCUUUGAUUAUUGAUCUGAUGAGACUUUGGAUCAGAGACUAAAUGGAGGUGAAGGAGCUGAUGGAGGACGGAUGAAGACAGGAGGACGCUUCAUCAGCUUCUUCUUCAUUCUGACUCUCAUACACAGUCUACACACUCACUAUUGAUGACUGUUGAUCAGUGAUGUCAGAGUGAUGUCAGAGUGAUGUCACAUGGUGGUUUAGAUCCUUUGAACUCUGACAGUAAAGUGUAAAUACAACCUCAGAUGUAGAGACAGCAGGUCUCUGCAGUAACAACAUGUAUCAUUACCUUGACAGAGUGUCUACACAUAGAAACACCUCACAUUUAACACUAUUUAACAGCUUUUAAUGCCACUUUAUAUGGAAUUUAAGUGAAAUUCAAAAGUGAAAUACAUAUACACAUAUUGCAUAUACUUGUUAUUGCUGUAGGCUUUUACCAAAAAAAGAUGAAUAAAUGAAUGAAUAAAUGGACAUUCUUUCAUAUUUGAAGUGUCAUCAGAGUUCAUCGCUGAUGUUCUGGUAAACAACCACCAGAGGGCGACAUGAGCACAGCAGGAUUAUUACCUCUGACAACGUUUCCACUGCUGGACCUCAGUACACUUCUGAGGUAUUUGUACUUUACUGGAGGAUUUCUGCAAAUACAUACUUUUUACUCCACUGCAUUUAUUGAAAACACUGUUUUAGUUACUUUACAGAUUACAUGCUGCCUCAGAGCUGAAUCAGCACUUUUUAAAAUUCAAUUAUUUGAUGAACAGUCAGAUUAAAAACAACUCUUAUAUUCAUACAAAUAAUCUGAAAGUACUGAAUAUACUUCAGUAUAUUUACCUGAGAUUAGAUUCUGUCUGUCUGGUGACAUUUUAACACCAUGUUAUAGAGAAUAACACACAAAAUGUCCGCCCAGCAGGCUGCAGCACUUUAUUAAUGAAGACAAUAAACCAUAAAAAGUAAGAAAAUAAAAGACAUUUCUGAUUAAUCAGUCACAUCUGGAUCGAUGUGAUGGUGUUAAACAGCUGAUCACAUGUU